ACACCACCAGCCACCACAGCUACUACACCACCAGCCACAACUACCACCCAACAAGCAACCACAACUACACCACCAGCCACUACAACUAACGCACCACCAGCCACAACAACUACAGCACUACCAACCACCACAACUACCACCCAAGCAGAAACCACAACUACCACCCAACCAGCAACCACAACUACACCACCAGCCACCACAGCUACUGCACCACCAGCCACCACGACUACACCAAUAGCCACCACAACUACACCACCAGCCACAACUACUACGCCACCAGCCACAACAACUACCGCACCACCAGCCACCACAACUACUACCAAACCAGCAACCACAACUACACCAGGCACCACAACUACUGCAUCAUCAGCUACCACUACUGCACCACCAGCCACCACAACUACCACUCAACUAGCAACCACAACUACACCACUAGCCACUACAACAACCGCACCACCAGCCACAACUACCGCACCACCAGCCACCACAACGACCACCAAACCAGCAACCACAACUACACCACCAGCCACCACAGCUACUGCACCACCAGCCACCACUACACCAAUAGCCACCACAACUACACCACCAGCCACAACUACUACGCUACCAGCCACAACAACUACCGCACCACUAGCCCCCACAACUACAACACCAGGCACCACAACUACUGCAUCAUCAGCUACCACUACGGCACCACCAGCCACCACGACUACACCAAUAGCCACCACAACUAAACCCCCAGCCACAACUACUGCACCAACAGUCACAACAACUACCACCCAAGAAGCAACCACAACUACACCACCAGCCACAACUACCAACCAACAAGCAAUCACAACUACACCAGCCACCACAACUACAACACCAGCCACCAUAACUACUCCCCCACAACUACAACACCAGGGGCCACAACUACUGCACCACCAGCCACAACUCCCACACUACCAACCACCACAACUACCACCCAACCAGAAACCACUACACCACCAGCCACAACAACUUCUGUACAACCUUCCACACCAUCACAACUACUACCCAAUCAGCAACCACAACAACACUAGCCACCACAUCUGCUACACCACCAGCCACAACUACCGCACCACCAGCCACCACAACAACUGCACCAUCAGCCACAACUACCACACCACCAGACACCACAACUACCACCAAACCAGCAACCACAACUACACCACUAGCCACAACAACUGCCCCACCACGACUACACCAAUAGCCACCACAACUAAACCACCAGACACCACAACUACUGCACCACCAGUCACAACAAAUACCGCACCACCAGCCACUACUACCGCACCACCAGCCACCACAACCACCAUAACUACUACAACAGCAGCCACAACUACCACCCAAGAAGCAACCACAACUACACCACCAGCCACAACUACCGCAGCACCAGCCCCCACAACUACAACACCAGGCACCACAACUACUGCGCCACCAGCUACCACUACUACACCACCAACCACCACAACUACUGCACCAACAGCCAACACAACUACACCACCAGCCACAAUAUCUACUGCACAACCUCCCACAACCGCACCACCAGCCACCACAACUACCACCAAACCAGUAACCACAACUACACCACUACCCACAACAACUACCGCACCACCAGCCACCACAACUACCACCCAACCAGCAACCACAACUACACCACCAGCCACCACAACUACUGCACCACCAGCCACAAUUACCACCCAACAAGCAACCACAACUACACCACCAGCCACCACGACUACACCAAUAGCCACCACAACUAAACAACUAGCCACAACAACUACUGCACCACCAGUCACAACAACUACCGCACCACCAGCCACAACUACAACCACAACUACACCACCUGCCACCACAACUAUCGCACCACCAGCCCCCUCAACUACAACACCAGGCACCACAACUACUGCACUACAAGCUACCACUACUACACCACCAGCCACCACAACUACUGCACCACCAGCCACAACAAGUACCGCUCCACCAGCCACCACCCAACCAGCAACCACAACUAUACCAUCAACCACAUCUACUGCACCACCAGCCACCACAACUACCACCCAAACAGCAACCACAAAUACACCACUAGCCACCACAACUACUGUACCACAAGCCACCACAAUUACUGUACCACAAGCCACAAAAAAUACCACCCAACAAGCAACCACAACUGCACCACCAGAUACAACUACUGCACUACGAGCCACCGCAACUACACCACUAGUCACCACAACUACUGCACAACCUGCCGCAGUAACCAACGCACCACCAUCCACCACAAGCACAACUACUGCAACAGCAGCCACCACAAUUACACCACCAGUUACAACAACUACUGCACAACCUGCCACAGUAACCACCGCACCACCAUCCACCACAAGUACUCCAGCCACCACAACUACCGCACUACCAGCCACAAGAACUUUCGCACCACCAGCAACAACUACACCACCAGCCACCACAACUACCACCAAAACAGCAAACACUACACCACUACCCACCACAACUACUGCACCACCAGCCACAACAACAAACACCCAACAAGCAACCAUAACUACACCGCCGGCCACCACGACUACUACAACUACACCACCAGCCACCACAACUACACCACAAGCCACAACCACAACUACCACCCAACCAGCAACCACAACUACACCACCAUCCACCACAACUACUUUACCACCAGCCACAUCUACCACCCAACAAGCAACCACAACUACACCCCCAGCCACCACAACUACUGCAACACCAGCUACCACAACUACACCACCAGCCACAACAACUACUGCACCAUCAGCCACCACAACUACCGCCCAACCACAAAACACAACUCUAAAACUAGCCACCACAACUACUACCACCACAACUACACCACCAGCCAACACAACCACUGCACCACCAGUUACAACUACAACCCAACAAGCAAUCACAACUACACCGCCAGCCACAACAACUACUGCACAACCUGCCACAGUAACUACCGCACCACCAGCCACAACUACCACCCAAGAAGCAACCAAAACUACACCACCAGCCAUAACUACCAACCAACAAGCAACCACAACUACACCACCUGCCACCACAACUACCGCACCACCAGCCCCCACAACUACACCACCAGCCACAACUACUGCACCACCAGCCACAACAAGUACCACUCCACCAGCCACCACCCAACCAGCAACCACAAUUAUACCAUCAACCACAUCUACUGCACCACCAGCCACCACAACUAUCACCCAAACAGCAACCACAAAUACACCACUAGCCACCACAACUACUGUACCACAAGCCACCACAACUACUGUACCACAAGCCACAAAAACUACCACCCAACAAACAACCACCACUGCACCACCAGAUACAACUACUGCACUACGAGCCACCACAACUACACCACUAGUCACCACAACUACUGCACAACCUGCCGCAGUAACCACCGCACCACCAUCCACCACAAGCACAACUACUGCAACAGCAGCCACCACAAUUACACCACCAGUUACAACAACUGCACAACCUGCCACAGUAACCACCGCACCACCAUCCACCACAACUACCGCACUACCAGCCACAACUUCCGCACCACCAGCAACAACUACACCACCAGCCACCACAACUACCACCAAAACAGCAAACACAACUACACCACUACCCACCACAACUACUGCACCACCAGCCACAACUAACACCCAACAAGCAACCAUAACUACACCGCCGGCCACCACGACUACUGCACCACCAGCCACAACUACUGCACCACCAGCCACCACAACUACACCAACAGCCACCACAACUACCACACAACCAGCAACCACAACUGCAACACCACCAGCCACAACUACCGCACCACCAACAACCACUGCACCACCAGCUCCAGCUACAAUUACUGCACCACCAGCCACAACUACCGCACCACAAGCCAUCACAUCUACCACCCAACCAGCAACCACAACUACACCACUAGCCACCACAACUACUGCACCACCAGCCACAACUACUGAACCACCAGCCACCACAAUUACACCACCAGCCACCACAACUACACCACCAGUCAACACAACCACUGUACCACCAGUUACAACUACAACCCAACAAGCCACCACAACUACACCGCCAGCCACAACAACUACCGCACCACCAGCCACAACUACACCAUCAGCCACCACAACUACUGCACCAACAGCCACAACAACUACCGCACCACCAGCCACCAUAACUACCACCCAACAAGGAACCAGAACUACACCAGUCACCACAACUACUGCACCACCAGCCACAACUACCGCACUACCAGUCAUCACAACUACACCAGCCACAGCAACUACACCACCAACUAUAACAACUACUGCACCAACAGCCACCACAACUACCGCACCACCUACUACCACAACUACCACCCAAACAGCAACCACAAAUACACCAUCAGCCACCACAACUACAUCACCUCCAGCCACAACUACCGCACAACCAGCCACCACAACUACACCACCAGCUACUACAACUAAACUACCAGCCACAACAACUACUGGAACACCAGCCAUAACUACUACUGCACCACCAGUCACAAAAACUACCACCCAAAAAGCAACAACUACAACACUAGCCACCACAACUACUGCGCCAACAGCCACUACAACUACCACCCAACCAGAAACUAAAACUACGCCACCAGCCACAACUACUGCACAACCUGUCACAGUAACCACCGCACCACCAGCCACCACAACUACCGCACCACCAGCCGCCACAACUAAACCACCAGCCACAACUACUCCACAACUACCGCCCAACCACAACCACAACUACACUAGCCACCACUUCUGCACUACCAGCCUCAACUACCAACCAAUCAGUACCCACUACACCACCAGCCACCGCAACUAUACCACCAACCACAACUACUGCACCACCAGCCAAAACUACCGCACCAACAGCAACCACAACUACAUCACCAGCCACAACAACUACCGCACCACCAGCCCUCACAACUACCACCACUACAACAACCACCCAACCAGCAACCACAACUCCACCGCCAGCCACCAUAAUUACUGCACCACUAGCCACAACUACAAACCAACAAGCAACCACAACUACACCACCAGCAACCACAACUACACCACUAGCCACCACAUUUACUGCACUACCAGUCACAACAACUGCACCACCAGCUACCACAUCUACACCACCAGCCUCAACAACUGCUGCACCACCCGCUACCACAACUACACCACCAGCCACCACAACUACACCACCAGACAUAAGAACUACUGCACCACCAGCCACAACUACCGCACCACAAGUCAUCACAACUACCACCCAACCACCACAACUACCACCCAACAAACAACCAUAACUAUACCACCAGCCACCACAACUACACCACUAGCCGCCACAACUACAACACCAGCAACCACAACUACACUACCAGCCACCACAACUACUGCACAACCUCCCAUAACUACCGCACCACCAGUCACCACAACAUCACCAGCCACAACUGCCGCACCACCAGCCACCACAACUACGCCACUAGCCACCACAUCUACUGCACCACCAGCCACAACUACCACCCAACCAGUAACCACACCUACACUACCAGCCAUAACAACUACCGCACCACCAGCCACCACAACUACCAACCAACCAGUAACCACAACUACAACACCAACCACCACAACUACACCAUCGAUCACAACUACUGCACAACCUGCCACAUCUAUCGCACCCCCAGCCACCAAAACUACCACCCAACCAGCAACCACAACUACACCACCGGCUACAAUAACUACUGCACCACCAGCCACAACUACCGCACCUCCAGCCGCCACAACUACUUCACCACCUACCACCACAACUACACAACCAGCCACCAGAACCACUGCACCUCCAGCCACAAUUACCGCACCACCAGCCACCACAAAUACACCAAUAACCAUCAUAAAUACCCCACCACGAGCUACCACAACUACCACCCAACCAGCAACCACAACUGUGCCAUCAGCCACAACUACACCUACAGCCACCACAACUACACCUACAGCCACCACAACUACACCGCCAGCCACAGCAACUACUGCACAACCUGCCACAAUUACCGCACCACAAGCCAACACAACUACCACCCAAUCAGCAACCACAACUACACCACUAGCUACCACAACUACUGCACCACCUACCACCAAAACUACACAACCAGCCACCACAACCACUGCACCACCAGCCACAAUUACCGCACCACCAGCAACCACAACUACACCACCAGCCACAACUACUGCACCACCAGCCACAAGUACACCACCAGCCACAACAACUACUUCAUCACUACCUACCACAACUACACCAACAGCCACCAAAACUACACCAUCAGCCACAACUACUGCACCACCAACCACUACAACUAUAAUACCAGCCACCACAACCACUGUACCACCAGCCACAACUGCCACCCAACCAGCAACCACAACUCCACCACGAGCAACCACAACUACACCAGCCACAACUACCCCACCACCAGCCACAACUACCGCAUUACCAGCCACAACUACAACACCACCAGCUACCACAACUACCGCACCACCAGCCAUCACAACUACACCGCCAGCCACCACAAUUACGGCACCGCCAACCACAACAACUACCACCCAACCAGCAACCACACUUACACCACCAGCGACCACAAAUACUACACCACCAGCCAUCAAAACUACACUACCAGCCACCACAACUCCCGCACCACCAGCCACCAAAAAUACGGCAUCUCCAAUCACCACAACUAUCACCCGACCAACAACCAUAAAUACGCCACCAGCCACAACUACACCCCAAACCACCACAACUACUGCAUCACCAACCACAACAAUUACAGCACCACAAGCCACCACAGCUGCACCACUAACCACAACAACUACAGUACAUCCAGCCACCACAAUUACCACCCAACCAGCAUCCACAACUACACGAGCCACAACAACUACCGCGCCACCAGCCGCCACAACUAAACCAACAGCCACCACAACUACCGCACCACCUGCCACCACAACUACCACCCAACUAGCAAUCACAACUACACUUUCCACCACAACUGCAUCACCAGCAACCACAGCUACCUCUCCACCAGCCACCACAACUGCUGCACCACCCGCCAUCACUACACCUCUAGCCACCACAACUACCACACUACCAGCCACCACAACUGCACUGCCAGCCACCACAAUUACCACCGGACUAGCAAUCACAUCUACACCAUCCACCACAACUACUGCAUCACCAGCAAUCACAACUACCUCUCCACCAGCUGCAACAACUACCGCCCAACCAGCAAUCACAACUACAACUACUGUACCACCAUCAGCCACAACUAUAGCUCCAGCAGUCACCAUAACUACUACAGCACCUGCCACCACAAUUACCACCCAACCAACAAUCACAACUACAGGACCAGCCACAACUAUCACAUCAUCAGCCACUACAGCCGCAUCACCAGCCACCAUAACUUCACCACCAGCCAACACAACUACCGCACAACCAGCAACCACAACUACACCAACACCUACCGCCAGAACUGCUUUACCACAAUCCACAACUACCGCACCACCAGCCACCACAACUUCAGCCCAACCAGCAACCACAAUUACACCACCAAACACCACAACAGUUACACCACCAGCCACCACAACGACAGCACCAUCAGUCACCACAUCUACCGCACCACCAAUUUCCACUACUGCUAUACCACCAACCACCACAACUACCGCAGAACCAGACACCACAACUACUGCUCAACCAGCUACCACACUACCAGCCACCACAAUUGCACCACCAGCCACUACAACCACAUCACUAGUCACCACAACCACUGUAUUACCAGACACCACAACUAUCGCGCCAUCAACCACCAGAACGUACGCACCACUAGACACCACAACAAAUGCACCGGCAGCCACCACAUCUACCGCAACACUAGCCACCGCAACUACAGCACGACCAGCCACCACAAUUACCACAACAGCUACCACAACUACUGCAACAUCAUCCACCACAACAACCGCACCACGAGCCACCACAACUACUUUACCACCAGCCGCCACAAUAACUGCAACACCAGCCACCACAACUGUAUUACCACCCACCACGACUACCCCACCACCAGCCACCACAACUAUACCACCAGUCACAACUACCGCACAAUCAGCCACCCCAACAACUGCACCACUAGUGACCACAACUGAACCACCAGCCACGACUACUGUACUACCAAAUACCACAACUACUGUGCCACCAGCAACCACAUCUGCAACACCAGUCACCACAACAUCUGCAACAUCAGCCACCACAUCUGCAACACCAGCCACCACAACUAUUGCACCACUAGUCACUACAACUACCGCACAACCAGCCACCACAACAACUGUCCUAUCAGAUACCACAGUCACCAGAACUACUGUACCGCCAGUCACUACAACAACCGCACAACCAGCCACCAAAUCUUCUGCACCACCACCAGUCACCACAACUGUGUCACCAGCCACCAGAACUACCGCACCACCAGUCACUACAACUACCGCACAACCAGCCACCACAACAACUGUCCUAUCAGAUACCACAGUCACCAGAACUACUGUACCGCCAGUCACUACAACAACCGCACAACCAGCCACCAAAUCUUCUGCACCACCACCAGUCACCACAACUGUGUCACCAGCCACCAGAACUACUGCACCACCAGUCACUACAACAACCGCACCACCAGCCACCACAACAAAUGGACCACCAGGCACCAAAACCACUAUAGAAUCAGCUACUACAGCUACUGUAAUUUACACCGAUCCACCAUUGUUGGACAUAUGCUUCAAUGCCACUAACCCAGCAGAAAUUUACAUGAAUCUUCUUUUACUAAAGCAAUUAAAGUCUAUGGGCUACAGAGCAGCUUACUCCCACAAUGGUAUCAUGUGUGGCCAGGCGAUGAACCUGGGGCUCGUGUGGACUAGUGGCUUCAACAGACAUGGCAUAUGCGUCUCGGGCACAGGCAAGACGACUAAUAAAUGGAGAUGGAACCUCAGGUUCAGGAGCUGGUGCUGA